AUGACUUCAUCUCAAGAGCUACCUGACCUUCUGGGCACAACUGUGGAUCACGGUCGCCUCAAGUUCGUCGAAGUACUUGGUUCUGGAGCAUACGGAAUCGUCUACAAAGCCCUCGAUACAAGCUCGCCCAGUAAUUCGCCGUCUUUCUUUGCUGUUAAAUGCGUCAAGAAGUUCCCUGUGGGCGUCCGAGCGAAUGUCUUCCAUCAACGUGAACUCAAACUUCAUGCUUUGGUUUCACGACAUCCUAACGUCUGCAAACUGCAUAGAUACAUCGAGGCGGCCGACUUCCUUCUCAUUGUUCUCGACUAUUGCGAAGGCGGCGACCUCUUCCAUAACAUUACCACGCUACGCCGCUUCUACCGAAACGAUGCCAUGGUCAAGACGAUAUUCGUUCAAAUUCUCGAUGCAGUCCAGUACUGUCACUCCAGGGGCGUCUUUCAUCGUGAUCUCAAGCCUGAAAACAUCCUCUGUGAUGCCACUGGCAAACAUAUUCGUCUCGCCGAUUUUGGUCUCGCUACGUCGCACGCUUCGAGUAAAGACUAUGGUCUGGGAAGCCCAUACUAUAUAAGUCCUGAGGCUCUCUUCAAAUCGUCAAAUGAUGCUUUCUCUUGCCGAGCGAGCGAUGUUUGGGCUCUGGGCGUCAUCCUCACGAACAUGAUCUCUGGCCGUAAUCCUUGGAGAAUGGCUCAACCCAAAGACGACUGUUAUGCGGCGUAUCUUGCUGACUCAGACUUCCUGUACCAUGCUCUACCCAUUUCUCGUGAGGCGAAUGUUCUCCUCAAACGCAUCUUCUGUUGUGACCCCCUCAAGCGGCCCACCAUCGCUCAAAUUUGCGAAGCUGUUGUCAACACGGAGACGUUUUUCUUAACGGACGAAGAGCUUUCCGAGGCCUCACCACGUCAACAGACUAUCGCAGAGUACUAUUCUUCCCCGUCGCCAGUGGACUCGGAGGAGAAUGAAGAUUCGGAUGUUCCGCCUCAAAGUGCUUCUGUCAAUGAGGAAUCUGCUACUUCUGGAUCGACAAUUCCAGAUGAUGUCUAUCUGUACGAAGAACAACCUUUCGAGUGCAAUUACGAGGAGAAUCCUUUCAUGUGCUCGUCGCCAAAGCUUCUCGCCCCGCCUUCCUCCCAUACCGAUACCACUUCCCUCAGCUCCAGCGAUGCGUCUUCAGUUGGAGCUCCAGUCACGCCAGCAACUCUCCCUGAAGACCCAAAUAUCGAUGUGCAGGUUCCCGAUCUCCCUGAAGACGAAGGUAUUGGUGCAUCAGCUUACUUUGAGCCCAAGCAGGAUGGAGAGGAGAAAGUUCAGACGGGUUCAGUUUUCAAGAAGGCACUGCGUAGGAUUUCCAGGGUCAUUAACAACAUCUAG